CCAGCACAUCAGCCAUCCUUCUCCCGCGGCUGUUCGGUUCUCCUUCGUGGGUCUCUGCAGCCUAAAGACAUCAUGAGCUCCCUGCCCUCCAUGCUGUUCACCCUGCUGCUGUUCUCAGAGAUCUGCGCCCACUCCAUGGCCCUGCCCCUGGCAGGGGCGGGUAACUAUGACGAUGACCGGACGGACCUGGAGAGCCUGAACGCUCUCCUUGAGGACAACAAGCUGCCGGCCGGAGCCGGAGUCCAGAACCUGGGAGGGUUCACCAACCGGCUGGACGAGGGGAGACCCAGGAUCAUCAUCGUGUCCGACUCCGGCUUCAGAGGGCAUCGGACACACGGCCUGGACAGAGCCUCCUCAAGGGCACUGGCCGGCCCAAACGCAGACCACACUCCCGGAGACCUCCGUGUCAACGUAGACCGCAGAGAGACCGACCUGGACAUGCUUCGGUGUAUGAUUGGACGAGUCUACCGGCCGUGCUGGCAGGCAUAACCCGCCUACAGGCUUUCUUCUGCUUCCCACCAUCUGUCCACCACAGAAGAAAAAAAACACAAAGGGAAAGUAAAAACAAAAAAGGAGUUAUAAGUACCAUGUGUGUCGAAAUGAAAUGUACUGCACUGAAAAAGAUGGACAAACACAAAUAUGUAUAAUACUAAAUAAAUGUUUAUUAAAAUAAAA